GCUCCUCUAGCUCCUCCCCGGGGUUUGUUGUGGUUUCUAUCAAGUUUCAUGUGACGGUUGGGGGAAUAUGGCCACCUUAGCAACCGCACCGGAGAAGGAGAAGGAGGCCAGCCAGCAGGAUGACGGGAGUUUUUUCAAUGGCGUGGAGAGAGAGUAUAAUGUACAGAACUGGAAGAUAAAAGCAGAGCAAGCAAAAAAAGCUGAAUUUUUAAGAGAAGCUGAGAAACUUAGACAUCAAAUAACACUUAUUGAGAAAGACAGAAAUGGUCUUCUCUAUAACAAGAAAAAUGACUUCCGGGCUGAGUACAGCUCGCUUGAAGAAUACGAGCAAAAGCUGACGAACGGCAGAAGAUCAGAAAAAAUGAAAACUCAGCAGCAUCUUUCAAAAAUCCAUAACCUUGUAAAGCGACUCCAACUCCAGUUAAAAGAUGUGAAGCCUACUUCAGAAUUUGUAGAGAAGCUUAGAGAAAUGAUGGAAGAAGUAGACAAUGCUAUUAGCGCCUUUAAAGAAGAUCAACGAAUAAUUUAUGAAGACCUAUUGAAAGAAGAAAAGACAACCUUCACUGAGCUGACAGCCCUGGAGAAAAAAAUAGAGGCAUCCUUCAUUAAUCCACCCGAAACAUCCUUCAAGGCUCCUUCAGGAAAAUCCCUACCGGAUGCCAUGUUCUCCAGCCAGCUCCCAGAAGAAGUGGUGGCUUUUGAAAGGUUUCUGCAGCAGACAGGAGGCCGUCUGGGAGGAUGGGAUGACUUUGACCACCAAAGCUUCAUGAAAUUGUGGACCAAGCAUAAGGGCAAGCCUACGUACUUAGAAGAAGCCCUGGCAUAUUUGCCUAGCAGGACACGGGAGGACAUCCAGCAACACGAGGCCUGGUAUCAGGAGCUCCUCUUUUUAGAAGAAAAGAAGAAAGAAGCUAUUCACAAGUGGAAAUCUAGGAAACAGCAAGUAAAACAAGAAAAGUCCAAAAUUCAAGAGAAGACCAAAGACAUAACAGAAUUUGAGAAACAACAAAAGGAAGAAGCUCAGAAGCAGAAGGUGGAAGAAGAAAGAAGAAAACGGCAGCAGGAAGUAGAGGCCUGGAAAAGAGAGAAGGAGAUUGAGGCUGCUGCAAAGCUUGAGGCAAAGCUAAAAGAAGAGGAAGAGCAGCAGAGGAAGCAGAGAAAGGAGCGCCAGCGCCAACUGGAAGUCAAACUCAUAGUGGAAGAACAUACAAGAAUCAGGAAGGAGGAAGAAGAGUUUCUACAGUUGGAAAGAGCGCUGAGAGAAGAAGCAGAAAGGGAGGAGAAGAGAAAGCUGGCAGCAAUGGAGAUAUGUAGAUUUCAGGAGAGGGAUCAGAGGAAAAUAGAGGAAAAGGUGCAAGAAAAAAUGACUAAGGAAGAAGAAGCAAAAGAAAAAGAGAAGAGGCUUGAAAAAUUAAAAGAAAAGGUACAGGUUCAUGUUGACCGAGAUCCUUCCAGGCUGUGUAAGCUUACAAAAGGAUGGGAAGAGCGCUUCAAAAAUACAGGGCCAUCAGGAACAACUCCACUGUUACACAUUCCUCAUCGGGCUGUUCCAUCAUGGAGGCAAGGCUUAUAGCAGAUGUUAGAACAUUGCCAAACUUUCAAUAAUAAUCGGUAUAUGACCGUUUC